AUGGCUGCCGGUAAGGUGAUUGUCUAUGGUGGUCGCGGUGCCUUGGGUAGCACAAUCUUGGAACAUUUCAAGAAACAUGGUUACUGGACGCUCAGCAUUGACCUUGCGGCGAAUGAAACUGCCAAUAUCAAUGUUCUGGUCGAUGGCAAAGAAGACUGGGUCUCCCAGGAGACUAGCAUCUUGAAUGGGGUUUCCGCCGCGGUAGAUGCACCAGUGGACGCGAUCUUCUGUGUGGCAGGAGGUUGGGCCGGAGGAAAUGCUGAAUCCGAAGAUUUUAUCAAAAAUGCUGAUCUCAUGUGGCGACAGUCGGUUUGGAGUAGUGCUAUUGCAGCUAGAAUCGCCUCUAAGCACCUGAAACCUGGUGGCUUACUACAGCUUACCGGCGCUUCGGGGGCAACCCACGGCACCCCUAAUAUGCUUGGAUACGGUAUGGCUAAGGCAGCUGUACAUCAGUUAACUUCUUCACUUGCCGCUAAAGGAUCCGGUAUGCCACACGACUCUUCUGUCAUAGCUCUUCUGCCGAUUACUCUGGACACACCGAUGAAUAGAAAAUGGAUGCCAAAUGCGGAUCGAUCAACAUGGACACCGAUGUUAUACAUCGCUGAACUACUUUUGGAUUGGACGGUAGCCCCUUCAAAACGCCCAGAAAAUGGAUCACUUGUUAAAGUGAGAACUGUGGAAGGAGAGACUUCUGCCACCAAAUUGUGA